AGCCCCAAGAGUUCUUACACCGUCAAAGUUUCAUUUUGAGCUGUUCAAACUUCAAAGACAGGAUGCGUUCAUCUGUUGCUCUCGUUGCGUUCUUUUCAAUUGCCCUGCUUGCAUGCUUCACGGAGGCAAGAAAGGACCCCAGGGGCAUUUUGCGACCUGCUGCCGGUCCUGGUGCUUUUACUGAACAAAAUGAGCACCUUGGGUCUAAUACAUUGAAAGAAUUUGAGUCAAAGCCUGGAUCCAUUCUCCACGCAGAUGAGCCUAGAUCCAUUCUCCCUUACCAUGGUCGUGAUGCUAAUUCAAAGGAGGAGAAACCGCAAAUGAAAGAUUUUGAGUCAAAGCCUGAAUCCUUUUUAAUCCUUUACCGUGGUGACAAAGCUAACUUGCAGGAGGGAAAACCGCAUAUGAAAGAUUUCGAGUCAAAGCCUGAAUCCCUUUUAUUCUUUUACGGUGGUGACAAAGCUAACUUGCAGGAGGGAAAACCGUAUAUGAAAGAUUUCGAGUCAAAGCCUGAAUCCCUUUUAUUCUUUUACGGUGGUGACAAAGCUAACUUGCAGGAGGGAAAACCGUAUAUGAAAGAUUUCGAGUCAAAGCCUGAAUCCUUUUUGAUCCUUUACAAUGGUGACAAAGCUAAUUCGCAGGAGGGAAAGCUACAUAUCUAA